GAGAAAAGUGGACUGAUAGGCCAGUGGAGUUGGCUUUCGAUCGUAAGAAAUUUAGUUCAGGAAAGGGACAGUAAAAGUUUAUAUUGAGCAAGUUUCAAAGGAGACAAAAUGGCUGAAUCUCAAGAAAGAGAGCAGAAUGUUGUCGCUUGUACAGACGGUGAACCUCAGCAAGACAAAUCGUUCCAAGAACGACUGCACGAGAUUCCAGUUUACACGAUGACUCUUAACCAGUUAUGUUCGAUGUACUCAUCGAUCAGAGAAAGAAAUGAUUAUCUGAAGAAGGCUUUUGAUGCAGGAGAGCAUUACGCAAAGGUCAUAGCAGAUACUGCUAGGCCUGUCGUUGCCAGUGCCACAACAUCUGCCUUAGCUGCUGCCAAACCUAUGAUAGGAGAAGUCAAAGAUCCAGUUGCUGCAUUGGACACUAUGGCUUCCAAAACUCUAGCAGAAGCAGAGAAAAAGUUCCCAAUCAUCAAGAAAACUCCUACAGAGAUUGCUGAGACAACAAAAGAAGCAAUAAAGGCCACUGCAACUUCAUGCAUAGAAAAGUUUCAAGGCACUUCAGCAGUGAAGAAUGUUAGUAAACAAGUUGAGAAUGCGAUAUCUUUGUCAGAACUGAUGGUAGAGAUAUGUUUCCCAACUGAUGGUGCUGAUCCAAAUGAUUUGGCUGAAUUGGAAAGGGAGGAGGCUGCAGAGCAUGAAGGGGCUGCAGUCAGAGUUGCAAACCUCACAGAAAAAGUGAAACAAAGAGGGAGAAAGCGGAUAAUGUCAUUGAAGCCAGUCCAAGUUACAGUUGAUGCUGUUCAGUAUGCCCAAGAAAGGAUUGCAGAUAUGAACCAAAAGUUAGAUCAGGGAACAAAUUAUGUCAAGGAAAAGGCUGGUGACGCCAAAAGCUUUAUGAAUGAGAAAAAACAAGAAACUGAAGAGUUUGUCCACACUCAAGUUGAAAAGACAAGGGAGCUGGUUAAGGAACAAUGGGAUCAUAUUUAUGAAACUACAAUGUACAUACCAUCUAAAGCAAUCAAGAUAUCCGGAGAGGUAUUUCUCUCUACCAAAGAAAUUGUCUUUGCAUACACCCAGGCACAUUCAGUUACCGAGCUACCGCAUGCAGUUGUUGAAAUGAUGGAAAAACACUAUGCAUCACUGAAAGAAGUGGCACCUCAGUUUACAGAAAUCACAGACAAGGCUGUUGCGUAUGUUGUUGUUCCGGCCCAAGUCGUAUCAGAGUACAUUCUGUCUUCAAGGCCAGUACAGUGGGUCAUUCCAACCAUUAUCAAAGCAGAUGAAGUGAAAAUUAUGGAAGAUGUUGAAAUGUCAGAAAUUGAUGAUGCUAUGAGAGACAAGCAGUGACUAGCUGCCUCCAUAUUUCGCUUAAGAUAUGCAAUUGGUCCAGAUUAUUUGUUUGCUACUGUAGACUUUAGGAUUAGAUUUUGAUUAACGAAAAUAAAUAAACAAUGAUCAAUCCAUUCUAAUACAGUAAUUAUUUACACUUUGCAGCAAAUUAUGUAUUUUUCUUAAAGUAGUGUUUUUUUCGCAAUUAUUUCUAGAUGCAUUAUUCAUUUUAUUUAAGAAGACAGCAAACGCUUACAUUGCUACCCAUUUCCAUUUUCACUUGCAGCUGCAACACAUUAUUCAAUUCAAAAAAGCAGACUUAAAAGUUAACACAUUGUAACAACUUAUUGUAAUACAGUGGGAGAUUUUUACAAUGAAACUGAGCAGGAGAAGGGGACUGGGCCUAGGGUCAGUUUAAGGGAAGUCAGUUUUCCUGCAAUAAAAAAUUUUUUAUGUACUGUGUAGCUCCAGAUUUCAGUUCUAAGUCAUUUUGUCUGCUGCCAUCUUGUCUGUUUAAGCUUCCCGCUUUCUUAAAUCAUGACCAUCUUGUAUUGUCAAUUUGCAUACUUCCUUAUUUAAAGCAAACAUUUUAUCAUUUAUUUGGAAUCUUGCAAAGAAUCAUGGUUUGCUGUUCACCUAUAAAAGUAGCAAACUCAUUGCUAAUUUGCACAUUGGUUCAAUCCAGCAGUCCAGCAAAAACCUUGGUCCCAGUGCUCUUUUCCGCAAUGCUUUUUGUUUGAGUUCUUCAAUUCAUCCAUUGCUAUGUAGCUGGAUAUCAUUUUGUAGUUCAUUAAGAAUUAGUUUAUUUACAAAAUUAGCUGUAGUUGUUUGAAAUAUUGAUGACUUUGUAUUUAAAUACAUAAAGUAUUAAAACAAAAAAAUUGCUGUUUUUCAGAUUAAAAUGUUAUUAAAAAAUUGCUGGAAAGAGCUGA